GAAGCAUUUUCUAAAAGUUGGGACAAAUCAAGUGAUUUGUUGGUGAACAGAAGCGUUUAAAUUAAGUAAAGCUAGCUAACUACAGCUAGCUAGCUAGCUUAUUUGUAUUACAUUGUUCAGUUUUACAGACAGAUAUUUGUAUUAAGUUUCGUGCACUGUCUUGUCAAAAUCAUUUACUUCUAUUCUUAGUCCCUGCCUCAAUGUUUAAUUCAUAAUGUUUGUCAUUUUAUAUAUCCCAAUCAGCCUUUUAUAUUUUGUGGUUCAAUUUUCAGGAGGGAUUCUGACCUACAAAACCUUAGGCAUGAUGGAGUUGAGGUUGUAGACAAAAGACAAAAGAAGAUCCAUACUCAAGAAAAUAUAUUGCAUGCCUAGAUAAUUUAGGCUGCUGAAAAGUACUGCAAUACUACCUUGAGGACAAAAAUUGUUGUUGAUUGAAUUUAUUGCAAUUUGAAGCCCUUAGAGAAUAAUGAAUGAAUCAGAUGAUGAAGAUCUCUUCGCACCACAAUUUUUACAAAACCAUAAAAAAGUUAUAAACGAAAAAUCAAAGAUUUCUUUGGCAUCUUUAUUAAACGAGAAGAACAAAGAAAGCAGUAUAAAAAAAGCAUCUGAGGAUAUUCUUCACUUGGAAAAUCAAUUUGGAGAAGCAGAUCUACUUAACCUGGAACGAGAAAUAGAGGAUGAUGCAAACAUUCUUGAAGCUUCCCAGAUAUCGCAGGAUCUUGAUUACUCACAAGAUGUACCAGAAGAAAACGUUUUCCAAAACUUUGAUGAUAAACAAGAAAGCAAUUUAAAACAGUUGACGUCACAAUUUCAAAAUGAUUUUCCAGACACAUUUCCUGGUGUAAAGAUCUUUGUUUAUCCAGUAGAAUCAUUUGAAUUAAAGUCUUAUGUUAAUGUGAUAGUUAAAUUUGUAAUGGGCCCAGAAGAACUGGAGGAUGCUGAAAUUGAAGAAAUGGAUAAUCCAAAUUUUCUUUAUGAUAUUCUCAAUGCUUGUGUACCUGUUAAUGGAAAAUUUUCAAGUGAAGUUUGCAAGUGUUUUUGGAAAGUUACGUAUGGUUGUAAUGACUAUAAAACAUCCCAGAGUGCACUUCGUGUUUUAACAAAUUAUCUCUUGAAUAAUAAUGAUCCUGAUAUUUGGCUACCUUCAUUUCAAGAUUUUAUUGAUGUUUUGUUAUUCUUUGGAGCUGAUGUCACUGUUUUAAUUCCUGAAACCUCACCACCUCAUCUCCUCACCUACAGAACAGUUAAAAAAAACAAUCAAGAAAAUAUAUCUGUUCACUCUAACACGACUAGAAAAUCUUUCAACACCAACUUGCAUAAUUUCACGUCGUUUGUGAAACUGCUCACAAUAUACAUUCAGACAUUCCCAUUGCGUUACGGUAUUGAUGAAUUGAAUUCUAUGCUUCUUCUGAGUUUUCUUUUCAAUGUCGAAAAAGUUUUGCAAGUUGCAUUGUGGGAUAUAAAAGUUUUAAUUGGUGCAUUGUUGGAUGCAUACAGUGCAACGCAAUGGAAGGAAGAGAUGCAUGCUAUAUGUACAUCUGUUUCAUCUAUGGAUAUACAUCACAGAAACUUGUUGCAAAUUGUGGAAGCUAUACCUCCGACACGUCGUGGUGUACAUUUUCAACAACAGCUGGCCUACCUUCUUGUGAAUUUGAUCCUCAAAAAAACUACGAUAGAGGCUGCAGAAAUUAUCUUACCUCGUCACGUGAUGUCAUUACUGCAGUAUAUUCGUAUAGAUGAAAACACAGAUUAUUUUGAGUUAUUUUCUGCGUGCUCUAUGCUGUCAAGUGUUUUGUGUGUUGAUGAUGUGGCGUCAUCAGAAAAGACGAAUUUAUCCAACAUUGCUUCAAAACUAGGAAGCCUUCAUGCGAGCAUAAAAGAAUGUCAAGGUCGUUAUCUUGAUAGAACUAAGGUGAAAGGUGUGUUACUUCGACUUGUGAGCAAGUAUACAUUCGCUGCACAGAACUUGCAAACGCAGAGCCAUUUAGACACUUAUUUCGAAAAGGCAGAUUCUGAUAUCAAAAUCGAAAAUCUUAAACAAUCCUUAGAAAGUGAAGAUGACGGCGAUAGUGAUGACAGUUCGAAUGAUAACAGUACCUUGCCAAAGAAAUCCAUAGGCAGAUAAAUAGCAAGAAAAUUGGACUGAGGAAAGAUCAACACAAAGCCCGAAUACUUAGGAUAAUAAUAAUCAUAGAAAAUUGGCGAAAUUCAAUGUGGCAAUAAGGAAAUUAAAAAGUUUUCAAUUUCACAGAUCGUCUGAAGUCAUGCAUGCGUUACUGUUUAAAAACAUGUCUGAACUCGACAGACAAUAUUAUACCGUGUGAGACCACCGAGUUUGUGUUAGCUUCCGUAAGACAAUGUUGGAAAAAAGCAAGGAACACGACAAACUUUGAAAUACUCAAUUAGUGUGACAGAGAACGAGCUAUAGUAAAUUUUGUACAAAUGUAUUAUAUAUGUAAAGUUCUACUGACUAAAUGUACGCCCUUAUUUGCAAAUUUAGUGUCGAUAAAGUGUCAGCAAUGCCUUUUCUUGCGCCACCAAUUAUGUCCUCUGUUGUAGAUGCCAAAGUGAAAAAUGCAUAUUAUUUUUUCGACUGCAAUGAACAUACUCCUGGUUAUGUAUUUUUCAAAUUUUCUUUUUAUAUAAUUCUGUUUUUUAUUUUGCGCCUUUUUUACGCUUAACAUGGUUAAAAUCUAAA